AUGGUAAGCAUCGGCGCCGCCCAAGGACACUCGAAACAGCAGAGUUUUUACAAAAAGAUGCGGCCCAGGAUAUUUAUAACAGCUUUAACAAUUACGUUACUAUUCACAUACUGCGAUGCAUACCAACAUUGGUUUCGAAGAAAAUCCAGCAUGGAAACUGAACAAAGAAGUAUGGCGUCUGCAGUGAUGGACUAUUUAGACAUGGUAUAUCCAAAAGAUGACUAUGAAUCCAGAAUGUUGAAGUGGGUAUUUUCCAUACUCACAGACAAUGAAAGUUUUCUUGGUGGACUGAUGGAACUUAUGAUGUAAUUUAGACCUAAUAUCUACACUUCUACAGACGUCAUAAUGUCGAAUGAAUGCAACAUACAAAUGGCGCUAAGAGGAUUUGUAUGACGAGCGGCUAACGCGACGGUGCCGCUCCGUAGAUACCCUUUUGUUUGUUACUACACAAAUGCAAGCGUUCGCCCAACAAGCAUCAAUUGACGAAACAUGUGUUGCAGUUUACGUUGUACGUAGACAACACGCCUAAUAAUCCCAAGUGCCCCAAAAAUGCAAUAAGUAGUCAUGUCGAAACAUAUGCAAAAACUUAUUGCCUUUUUUCUGAUUGUGAUAAUUAUUUAUUGUACUGUUCAGGAAGAACAUAAUUCUACUACAGCUGUUUCAAUUAAUGUAGGUUUACUACAAACAAUACCCGUUGAACUUAAUUUAUUGUUUAUUUAUUUAACUGUUCACAAAAACAUGUAUGUUAAUGCCAUUCAAACUGCUUAUAUAAAAUGAAUAAUGUAUUUCACGGGAAGUUCACAGUUCUUGUCGAAACGAAUUUUCAUAUAAAGUAAUGUCGUGAGCAACAGCUAGUGUUUUAAUAGGUAUUUUAGUAAUAGUACAAAUAUUGUAAUAAUAAUCAAUUAUUACUACCAAUUUCAAUAACCUAUAUGAAACCAAUCAGUUUAGUUCAGUAUAUCUGUGGCUAAGCGUAAAGCAAAGCGAUUUUUGACAUCAGUUGUAUGGAGUUUCUAUCAAAAUAUGUUAUGUGUUAUGUUAUAAUAAUGAUAAAUAAAAAAGCUAUUUUUAACAUUUAUUGCCCAAUAUAGAAUUUGCUCAUAUCAAAUAGCAAUAAAUUAACUUUUGACAACUACAAGUUAUUGUACAUACAAAUAACACCUUCAGUUACUUAGCGACAUCUGGUGACUACAAAACGAUAGUCAUCAUUGUAAAGUCAUAAUUUGUUUUUUAAUGUAUACGUCACUAGAUGU